AUGUUCACUUCCCAGAUCCUCCGCAGAGCUACUCGGGCCCUGCCCGCUGCCGUGCCGCGGGUCUCUGCAGCAUUUACUGCUGCCACAGCUGCACGCACAAUGCGACCGGUGUCCCGCUGCCUCUCUACCACUGCCGUCCGUCGCGACGACAAAAAGGAAGAGCCGGUGCUUGAAGAGGGCCAAUUCGCGCGAACCGACGACAGCGUUCGUGUCGAGUACCCCGAGGAGCAUGAGCUGCCCUCAAGUCAGCCCGUGCAGGGCCGCGGCGGCGUCCACUCCAAGCGCACUCUCGCCUCGUUCUCGCUCGAGGGCAAAGUCGGCGUUGUCACUGGCGGUGCCCGUGGUCUCGGCCUGGUCAUGUCGCAGGCCCUCGUCGUCAGCGGUGCUGAUGUUGCCAUUUGCGAUUUGAACAGGGAGGAAGCCGAGAAGCAAGCCAUUGAGCUUGUUAACACCUUCAAAAAGGAGAACCCUAAGACCAAGAAGAUUCCCAAGGUCACCGCGCACUACGCUGAUGUCUCGAAUCCAACAUCUGUGGAGAGCGUGAUCAAUGAAAUCACUGCCGUUCAUGGAAAGAUUGACCACCUCGUCACCUCUGCCGGUUUCACCGAGAAUUUUGACGCCAUUUCGUACCCGCACGACCGGAUGCAGAAGCUCUGGGGUGUCAACGUGGACGGCACCUACCUCUUUGCCAUCGAAGUUGCCAAGCACCUCAUGCAGCGCAAGUCGCCUGGCAGCAUGGUCUUCAUCGGUAGCAUGUCUGGUGCCAUUGUCAACGUUCCUCAGCCUCAGGCUCCCUACAACGCCGCCAAAGCUGCCGUCCGACAUCUCGCUUCUAGCUUGGCCGUCGAGUGGGCUCACGCCGGCAUUCGUGUCAAUUGCAUCAGCCCCGGCUACAUGCUUACUGCAUUGACCAAGAAGAUUCUCGACGAGAACCCCGAUCUCCGCCAGAAAUGGAUGUCUCUCAUUCCUCAAGGCCAAAUGGGCAAUCCUGAAGACCUCAUGGGCCCUGUGGUCUUCCUUCUCAGCGAAAGCGCAGGCUACGUUACCGGUGCUGAUCUCCGCGUGGAUGGCGGUUACACUGUGACGUAA